AUGACUGAACAGGCUCAACAUGAGAUGAUAGACAUGACUGAACAGGCUCAACAUGAGAUGAUAGGCAUGACUGAACAGACUCAACAUGAGAUGAUAGACACGACUGAACAGGCUCAACAUGAGAUGAUAGACACGACUGAACAGACUCAACAUGAAAUGAUAGACAUGACUGAACAGGCUCAACAUGAGACCAUAGGCAUGACUGAACAGGCUCAACAUGAAAUGAUAGGCAUGACUGAACAGGCUCAACAUGAAAUGAUAGGCAUGACUGAACAGGCUCAACAUGAGAUGAUAGGCAUGACUGAACAGGCUCAACAUGAAAUGAUAGGCAUGACUGAACAGACUCAACAUGAGAUGAUAGACACGACUGAACAGGCUCAACAUGAGAUGAUAGACAUGACUGAACAGGCUCAACAUGAAAUGACAGACAUGACUGAACAGCCUCAACAUGAGACCAUAGGCAUGACUGAACAGCUGUUCAUAACCUACGUAGUCGAGAUCGAGAGAUCAAAGAUCGAGAUCGAAAGAGAGAGAGAGAGAGAGAGAGAGAGAGAGAGAGAGAGAGAGAGAGGGAGAGAGAGAGAGAGAGAGAGAGAGAGAGAGAGAGAGAGAGAGAGAGAGAGAGAGAGAGGAGGGAUGGACUCAGAUCGAGAGAGAGGGAUCGACUUAGAUCGAGAGAUAGUACACUACAAAACUGAGGCGGAGGAAUACCCGAGUCGUACAUUACAAAACUCUGGUCGGAUACCUGAGUCGAAACUUGCCCCGUGGCUGUGGGUGGGGGUGCGUGAUGACAAGGUGGUUGAGAUUCUACCACGUCCCAUAGACCCUGACUCUCCACCAAAGCGUGUCGUUCUCGACGGGGAGAGUUGGGCUAGGUUGAGGGAACUGGCUGCGGAUGUCUCCGAGGCGGGCUUGACGGCUCGCAAGGCACCAUCACUACCUUGGGAGGUGGGGAAGGAAAUGAAGCAGCAACUGCGUCAGGUUUUGAACGAGACGCCUAUCAAGAAGUCCAACCCUCACUUCGCCCGGAUGUACGUAGAACAUAUGGCAGCCAACCCACCCAAGCCCUCCAUGACCGGUCAGGACAAGCCUGCAGACGAGUAA